AUGCGCCUAUUGAAAGCCGGUAGCGAUGGCACGCUAAGGCUGACGAAGAACUUAAGCAAAAACAUUCCGAGAUAUGCGAUCCUUUCGCACACAUGGUCGACAAAUGACGAGGACGAAGUGACUUUUGCCGACUUAAACGAUGGAUCCGGGAAGAACAAGGAUGGGUAUGUCAAGAUUCACUUCUGCUGGACACAGGCUCAGAAGGAUAACAAUAUCCAACAUUUCUGGGUGGACACAUGCUGCAUUGACAAAUCAAAUCGCCCUGAGCUCGACGAAGCUAUUGUUUCAAUGUUUCGCUGGUACCGUGAUGCCGAAAAGUGUUAUGUGUAUCUGUCCGACGUGUCCGUGGGCGUUGGUGGCCGUCAUCGCUCAAGUGAAGCCACAUGGGAGUCGGAUUUUCGGAACAGCCGAUGGUUCACCCGUGGCUGGACGCUCCAAGAACUGCUGGCACCGAAAUCGGUCGAUUUCUUUUCACGAGAGGGGACAUGGCUGGGCAAUCGGUGUACUCUAGAGCGACCGAUUCACGAGAUCACGGGCAUUCCAAUUAUGGCUCUUCGCGGUGUCGCUGUGGCUAAUUUCAGUGUGCCCGAGCGGAUGCGAUGGACCACGAAGCGAAAUACUACGAGGCCGGAGGACAAAGCAUACUGCCUACUGGGCAUCUUUGGCGUAUUUCUAUCUCCCAUUUAUGGUGAAGGCGAGCAGCAUGCCUUUCUUCGGCUCCAGGAUGAAAUCGAUAGACGCUUAGGGAGCAGGGCUAAUGCAGAACAGCUACUGCAUGGCCAACGGCCCAGCCCGGUGUGGCAUGUUCCCUUUGACCGUCCGCUGGAAUUUGUGGGCCGCGCAAACGAAUUGAACCGUCUGAAACGGCAGAUAUGUGACCCCAGUAGCCAUGGAAUGGUGUCCAUCCUUGGGCUAGGAGGAAUGGGAAAAAGUCGUCUGGCACUAGAGCUGGUCCUCCAACUCAGGUCGGAACACCUCCAUUGGUCGAUCUUCUGGAUCGAGGCCACGGAUCAGUUGACCUUUGAAAGGGAUAUACUCGAGAUCGGCAAGAAGCUUGGAAUUCCGGAAAUUGAAGACGAUAAAGCCGACGUUAAAAUGUUGGUCAAACAAUGGCUCAGCAAUGUGACCAGGGACAGCUGGCUUUUGGUCCUCGACAACGCGGACGACGAGGCGGUGUGGACGAAGAGAUCGAAUCCCACCGAUCGGAAAUCCACACUCGUGGAUUGUCUACCUCGCUCGACCCACGGCUCUAUUCUUAUCACCACCCGAUCACGCAGUGUGGCCAUCUAUCUCGCUGGAAAAGAGAUGAUCGAAUUGUCGACAAUGUCACCUGAUGAAGCGAGGACAAUACUCACGAACACAUUGGAGAAACCAGAGAUGGCCGCGGACGAGAAUCUCACCUCCGUAUUGCUCGAGAAGCUGACUUAUCUCCCCCUAGCCAUUAUCCAAGCAGCUUCUUACAUAAAUAUGACGCAAGAUCCCUUGGAGACCUAUCUAGAGCUACUCUUCGAACCUGAGGAAGAAGUAAUCAAACUUCUGAGCGAGGAUUUUGGCGACCGAUCACGAUACUCUACUGCUCAGAAUGCGGUCGCGAUGACAUGGCUUGUCUCGUUUAACCAAAUCCGCCAGCACCACCCCUUCGCCGCAGAUCUUCUGAGCUCGAUGGCUUGCCUUCACGAAAAGAACAUUCCACGAUCCCUCCUACCAGCAAUCAGCUUGAAAAAAGAUGCGAUUGAUGCUUUUGCCACACUGAAAGGAUACUCAUUCGUGACAAGACAGACUGGAGAGAAAGAUAGACAGAUUCACGAGGAGUUGUACGAGAUGCAUCAGCUGGUACACUUGGCCGUUCGCAAUUGGCUCAGAACCCAAGGCACGCUAGGUGAUUGGAUGAAAGCCUCCCUUUCACGAGUCACCGAGCUUUUCCCGACACGUGACCAUAAGCACCGAGGUGUCUGGACCCUCUAUCUGCCGCACGCUCAACGACUUUGUGGAGACGAGAAGGUGGAAGACUCCUCUGAGCGAUACCAGCUCCUCGAAAAGAUGGGGUUAUGCUUUAUUGUUGAUGGGAAGUACGACGAAGCGGUGAAAAUGCAUUCCGCGGUCGUGGAGUGGAGGGAGAAAAACUUAGAGCCUCUACAAGAGCUUACACUAUCUGGUUACAAUAACCUUGGAGAGGCAUUGAAUUGGAAGGGUGAUUUCUUUAGUGCUGAGAAGUAUCUUGAGAAGGCUUUCCCUCGACUUACCGAAAUCAAGGCCGGUGGGAGGCGGCCGAGCAGCUGUUUGUGCAAGUGA